AUGAAUUUUCUUGUUGUUCUUUUCUUUGUAGAGACAUUUGCAAUUACUUUCUACGACGACUUUUCCAAAUAUGAAGCGGAGAGUUACUUGACUUCUUAUUACAACUCUUCCAGUUUUGAUUUCAUGACGAAAACAGUCUCCUCUAAAGUAGUUUACCAGCUCUCUGGUAAAAGCACAUCAGCGUGUUACUCGACUCCAAAGACAAUCAAAUACAUAAGUGUUGGGUCUGCUUCUGCACUUAUUCAGCCUGUUGAAAGUUUCAUGCCGGGGACCAGUUAUGGUGUGACGGGGUUGACACUUCUUGCAACAACGAGUCAAUUCUGGUCACUCAAUUUAGUCGUCCAACCCGAGUCAAACAAUUAUAAACACUCUGCUGAACUUGGCUUGAUGUAUAACAAUAGUUGGCCUGUCCAAGGGAAAUAUGUUUCAAAAUCAUAUUAUUAUGUCAAGAAAGACUGGUCUUGGGCGUUUAACACAAAAUACAAUUUGACUAUUUCUAUCGACAAAACGAUGAUAUCUGGUUUGAUCUUUUCCGAAGCAAAAGAACUUCUAUUUAAUGCCACACACAUCUUCAAUGCAACUGAAUCAUAUUUCCCGGGUGCACCAACAUUCAAAGCGAAUGGUGUGAAAACAAAUUAUUAUCAAAUCAGUGCAAGUGCAUCUGAAUUUUCUGAUAAGACGUACAAAGUGUUUCCAAAAUAUGAUGCGCAUUUUGGGUGUGACUAUCCACAACAACAAGAAGCCACCGGCUUCUUCCGUGUAUCAAAAAACAAUGUAGACAAGAAGUGGUGGUUCUACGAUCCGAAUGGGUAUCCUUACUUUAUGAUAGGUGCAAACGCUAUAUCUCCAUAUGAUGGGUACGACUAUGUAUUAGGUAAAUCUCCAUAUAAUGA